AUGAUUUGUUGGUCUCUCCUUCAGUUCAUCUUUGGUGUUUUGUUGGUCUCUCCAUCAGUUCAUCUUUGGUGUUUUGUUGGCCUCUCCUUCAGUUCAUGUUUGGUGUUUUGUUGGUCUCUCCAUCAGUUCAUGUUUGGUGUUUUGUUGGUCUCUCCUUCAGUUCAUCUUUGGUGUUUUGUUGGUCUCUCCAUCAGUUCAUCUUUGGUGUUUUGUUGGUCUCUCCAUCAGUUCAUGUUUGGUUUCAUCUUUGGUGUUUUGUUGGUCUCGCCUUCAGUUCAUCUUUGGCGUUUUGUUGGUCUCUCCACCGGUUCAUCUUUGGUGUUUUGUUGGUCUCUCCUUCAGUUCAUCUUUGGUGUUUUCUUUGUCUCUCCUUCAGUUCAUCUUUGGUGUUUUGUUGGUCUUUCCUUCAGUUCCUCUCUGGUGUUUUUUUUUUGCUUUCUCCUUCAGUUCAUCUUUGGUGUUUUGUUGGUCUCUCCUUCAGUGUAUCUUGGGUGUUUUGUUGGUCUCUCCAUCAUUAACCAUCGGUUUUUGGGUGUUUCUAUCAGUUCAUCUUUGGUGUUUUGUUGGUCUCUCCUUCAGUUCAUCUUUGGUGUUUUCUUUGUCUCUCCUUCAGUUCAUCUUUGGUGUUUAGUUGGUGUUUCCAUCAGUUCAUCUUUGGUGUUUUUUCAUCUUUGGUGUUUUGUUGGUCUCUCCUUCAGUUCAUCUUUGGUGAUUUGUUGGUCUCUCCAUCGGUUUAUUUUUGGUGUUUUGUUGGUCUCUCCACCAGUUCAUCUUUGGUGUUUUCUUGGUCUCUCCAUCAGUUCAUCUUUGGUGUUUUCAUGGUCUCUCCUUCAGUUUAUCUUUAGUGUUUUAUUGGCUUCUCCAUCAGUUCAUCUUUGGUAUUUUGUUGGUCUCUCCUUCAGUUCAUCUUUGGUGUUUUGUUGGUCUCUCCAUCAGUUCAUAUUUGGUGCUUGUUGCACUCUCCUUCAGUUCAUCUUUGCUGUUUUGUUGGUCUCUCCUUCAUUUCCUCUUUGGUGUUUUGUGUGUCUCUCCAUCAGUUCAUGUUUGGUGUUUUGUUGGUCUCUCCAUCAGUUCAUCUUUGGUGUUUUGUUGGUCUCAACUUCAGUUCAUGUUUGGUGUUUUGUUGGUCUCUCCAUCAGUUCAUCUUUUGUGUUUGUUGGUCUCUCCAUCAGUUCAUGUUUGUCACAAGACACUAAUAUUCAAGGCCACGAGAUACUAAUAUUUUUAAGUUACCCGCUUCAGUAUAGUUCAUUUUCGACUCUGUUUAACAUCACCGAUCGGAGGAGGAGGAACGCCACCUUCAGCGUGACUUAA